GAGUUUCAUGUGAUAUCGAGCGCUUGUGAGUUGUAUAUUAAAACUUGAGCGUGCGUGUUUUGUUGUAAUAUUAUGAAUAUUGGGACAAAAGAACUUAUGAUACGGAAACGAGUAUAAAGACAAGUUUCUUGUUUAACAAGUCUCAAUCUCAGGAAUUCAUGAUCUGUUAGUAGAAGUCUGGAUGUACAAGCACUGGAUGAGCUGUAAGAUUUGACAAACCAAAGAUGGCUUCUUCUCGAAGUCGUGUAAUACAGCUUUAUAAAAAUCUGCUGUACUUAGGACGUGAUUACCCUAAAGGAUACGACUACUUUCGUACUCGCCUGAAGUCAGCAUUUAUGAAGAACAAUGAUGUAACUGGACCAGCUCAAAUUGAGAUGUUGCUGGCUAGGGGACAGUAUAUUAUUAAGGAACUGGAAGCACUGUACCUGUUGAAGAAGUAUCGCGCGCUGAAGAAACGAUACUCUUCUGAACAGUGAAUGUGACCACCAACAGCUCAUUUUUAAUGUUGUAACUCAAAAGCAGGAAGACAUU